GUUAUUAUGAUUGCAUUCCUAUGUAAGAAACAUUGUAUGGAUUCUUGGUAACAUGUAAUAACAUUCUUUAAACAUUUGUAAGUCCCCUUAUUCACCACUGGGAUGUUACAGUUUAAAAGCUCAGGCAAAUAGAGUAACAAUGUUCCUCUAAUCAUAUAUUUGGUUAUGAGAUACUCUCCUGUUUAGCAAGGUAAUUGAGUAGACCUGCAUGAAUACGGGGUAGUGUGAUUACUGAUUGGAUUAAUCCCAAAUCUGAUUAGAUUCACAACUUUGGAAAUCUGCUUGGAUAUUACAACUGCAGUAGCUGUUGAAUAAAGUUCUACUUCUUUAUGUUGGAUGGCUAGGGCAGUUUCCUUUGGCAGCAAUGGCCAAUCUGGAAGCACUAAGCAGAUUGAGAUCAGUGCUUUCAGUAAAAACCUCAGAGGCCUCACUAGUGUUACAGACUGGUGUGCUUAAAUCUGGGCUGUCUACAGUCCAAAUAUGAGUUGGAAAUGCUGGUUCAAAAGGUGUGUGAUGCUCCAGCGAAUGUGGGUUGCAUCGCCAGCACAGUGGCACUGACCCUUAAUGAAAUAAUUCCCAUAACAGCAAGUGUAAUGGGUGCAGAAAUCUUACAGGCAUCAAGCAAUGGGAACCCGAGCAAUGGACAUCUGCUUGAACAAACCCAGUAAUCUACCACACUUGACUAUAGGCAGUGAUCACUGAGUUUGUUGAAGAUUAUACGGCAAGUUUGGCUGAACCAAACGCCAUUGCUGGAGCCUGGUAAAUAUUCUGCUCCACCUGCCACUAGUACCUGUACAGGUCCUUGCUACAGACCCAGUAGGCAUGAACUAGAUAAUUGAGGCAGUGGGCUAACUUUACGAAUGUCUGUAAACUAUUCCUGCAGAGUUGGGUUUCAGAAACUGCAACAGUGGAUAAAUGGAACCAAACUUAAGCAGGACAUAGCACAGGCCACUAAAACCGUUUCGUGCCAGUCACUACUACAAAAACAGGAACUAGUGAUGGCGCAUAAGCCAGAACACAGGCCAGGUUUUUCAAAUAAGGGAGGUGAAUCCACCCCAUUCUAAAGGUCUUUUUAAAACAAAUGCCAUUUCGCCAUCCAAAUUUCCCCACAUUCAGACUUCCUGGUUGGAGUGGUAGUGCUGGCUACUCCAGUAGUGGAAAUGGCAGUGUGGCAUCUUCACUGGGAUGCCAGUCUAUUGCAAGGCACCAUACACAUUUAUUGGCAAUUAGUGUAGCAUGUUUUUGGUGGAAGAAUCCAGGCAAAACUCACAUGGACACAGGGAGUUCCACUGUAACUUGAGGUAAGGAUCAAACCAGAGACCCCAGAGCUCUGAGAUAUCAAUGCCCACUGUGCCACCAUGCCAGUGGGCUUUAGCACACUAAUGCUUUAGCACAAUUAAAAUAUUUUUAUAUAAUGCUGGAUAAACCUGACUCUUUAAAAAAAAAAAAAAAAAAAAAUUGCUAAACUUGAAAUUCAGGUUUUUCAUUUCAGCUAAAAUCUGAAUAUUAAAGGAUAUUCUUUCUGUGAUCUUUCUUACCACUUAAAAAAGAAGAAUUUUUAGAAGAAUUUUUAAUAAGAGGCCUGAAAAGUAGCUGAAACUCACCUGGCAUUUGCCUUUUUUUUUAUUUAUUUAUUUUUUUAUAUGCUCUAAUAAAAAAAAAAAAAAAUAAAAAAAAAAUAAAAAAACACCUUAUCUCUUUGCACCUUAUCUACAAAGAUUAAGUUCAGGGUUCAAGUUUACAUAAUUAUGCACUACUUUAUAUGUAACCUGUGUCCAAGAGGUGUUGAGAUAACUUCAUUCAAUAGCAUAUGUCAUAUUGCAUGUUUAAUUUAAUUUAUUGCCUCACUUCACUUCUGUUACUUGGAAGCGUUACUAUAUGGUACACAGUUUUCAUUUUCAUUUUUCAUUUGCUGUUGACGACCUGGAUAUCAUGGGAUCUUUUACUUUAAAGGUGCGUUUAUCAGGCAUUGCUGAAUUUUUUUUUUUUUUUUUUUUUUUUAAUUAAAAAUAUCAAUAAAUAUCCAACGUCAGCUUGUGUUAUUAAACUCCCAUUACAUAUCAUUAUGGUAUAUUCAGAAUCCUUCCUUUUGAAAUCAACUUUUAUGACUAUUAAUUUUUAAUUUUCAACUUAAAUUGAAUUAAGCUAAAGGCAAGAUGUACCACGUUGACAGAAUGCAGAAUGCACACAAUAUAUAAAAUAUUAGUCACACAUUCUUAUACUGUAUAUUAAAGGUUAAUCCAGAGCACUGAGAAAGGUCCAUGAAGGUGGAACAAUUUGAUUAUGAUAAGCAUGUUUGUUCUGCGCUGAUGUUCCAUUUAGUGUUGCAGAUAACAGACUGGGGUGUGGUAGUCUAGUGAAUUUAUUUCACUUUAAUAGCUCAGGUACAUGCUGGUAACUUGAAAUGGAAAACAUUCUGUCAUUUCAUUCAAAGGGAAGGAUGUUUCAUAUCUGGUUCGCAUCAGAAGGGUAAUUCAGUAAACCUGCACGUACAUUACUGAGAAAAAAAUGCAGAUGGAGCAGCAUGAUAGGGAGACGCGUACUAUAGAAGAAAGAAAUACACAAUCAACUGACUUAUUAAAAGUUAAUAUUGUGGCUCAGGGUGGCAAUGUUUUUGCUCCAAUUUUUCAUAAUGUACAGGGAGCAGGGUGCAUUACUCUCACACAAAGUAUUGCUGGUACAAACUUAUCUGAAGGCGCGACCAGAGACGUAACCUCAGUGAUGGCAGAAUAUAAGGAGUCAAUACUGUCCAUGUAUGAAUACACUCGGGAAUAUACCUCCCGUCCUGGUGAGCAUGUGCUCCUAGCAGAUCGUUAUGUUGAUCCACUGAUCAUUCAGAGACACCGAGUGAAGAAAGAGAGAGAAAAAGAAAUGCGCUCCAAAGGAAAUGACUUUUUCAACCUCAGGACAUAUGAUGUCAACCAAAGCAUUGGUACUGAUAACUUGUUUAGUCAAGAGGAUGGUCCAAACAAUGAGUGUCCAAAAGCUGUCAUUCUCCAAGGAAACUCUGGAAAUGGAAAGUCUUUCAUGGCACAAAAAAUCAUUCUGGACUGGGCCAAGGGAGAUCUCUUUGCAGGGAUCUUUGAUGUAGUCUUUCACCUUAGAUGCUCAGAGCUUAAUGGUAUUUCUGGGGACAUAAGUCUGGUGGAACUUCUAAACUGCAGUGAAGAAAUGACUCAGAUCUUAAACGAUAAGGAAAAGAGAGUUCUUUUCCUGGUUGAUGGGUUUGAUGAACUCAGACGUUCUCUGCCUGAAAAGGCAUUACCUGUCAGAGUUGAUAUCCAGGCUAAACCUGGUGCUAUCCUGAGCUCCCUUCUGAGGGGAAUCAUGUUAAAAGAUUCCUUCUUGCUGGUCACUACAAGGUCAACAUCUACAGAAAAAUUAGGAAAACUGCUCAAGUGUCCACAACGCUUCACUGAGAUUAUGGGCUUUUCUGAGAAGGGAGUGCAAGAAUAUUUUCAAAAGUUCUUUGAGGACAAGGAUCUUUCAAAGCAGGUGCAUGAGCAAGUAAAGAUACAUGAGGCCCUCUACACAGCUUGCUUCAGCCCUGUAAUGUGUUGGCUUAUCUGCAACGUUUUUAAGCAAAAGCACAACAUAGGUACAAGAAUGACAAGUGGAUUGAAAAGUACCACCUCCAUUUUCAUUGAUUUUGUGUUCACCCUACUGGAACAUCAUUGUCAAGAUUUAAAUCAAUCUCAACAAUUUAUCCUGCUGAAGAACCUUGGCCAGCUAGCUGAAGAAGGAAUGCUUAAAGGCAAAAUCCUAUUUGAAAGGCACUUUGUUCCAGAGGUGAUCUUAAAUAUGGUUGGCCUUCCUUUCCUCUGCACCUUUCACCACAGAGAGGGAACUCGCAUGAAGGAAAUGUUUAGUUUUAUGCAUCUCAGCUUUCAAGAGUUCUUUGCUGCACUCUUCUACAUCUUAAUUGACAAGGCAGAGGCUGAGACAAAAAUCAAGCAGCUGCUAUCAUCUGUUUCAGAUCUGUUUCAAAUCUCCCAAAAUUCCCAUCUGUUACCAGUCAUCCAAUUUCUUUUUGGACUCUCCAACAAGAAAGUGACCAACUUAAUUAAUGAGAAACACGUAGUGUCUCGUGAAAUUGGUUCACUGCUGGAAAAAUGGAUGCACACAUUUGUAAAAAAUGAUAUGAUGGCAAAUUUCAGCAGUUUCACUCUUCACUGCUUGUAUGAGGUCAAUGACAGGAAUGUUGUGAUGAAUGUUAUGAAAAUUUGGGAAACAGGGAGGGCUGGGGUUAAAAUUUUGCUGAGUUCUUCACAGAUGACAGACUACCGUGCAGCAGCAUACUGUCUGCAGUUCUGUAGACGCAUCAGAAGCCUGUAUCUGCGUGCAAGUACAAUGCAGACUCUAAAAAUGAUGGAAACAGCGCUGAGCAAAUGUUAUGAACUACAUUUAACGGUGAAUUUUGUGUCAGAUGAUGAUGUAGGCUAUCUGAUCUCAGCUAUGGGAAAAGGAAAAGAACUUCAAUAUCUGAGGAUAGAAGAUGGCAAUCUGUCUGACCACAGUGUACAGAUGAUCAUGAGCACUUUGCCCAAGCAAAGAUCAGUUGGUGAUGUUCAUCUCACUGUGAAGGCCAUUAAUCACAGCAACACUGAAAUCCUCAUGAACUUUCACAAAUCCCAGAAGGCUUCAGGAAAACUCAGCUUGAAGGCGGCUACUUUAACGAACAAAGAGGAGAGCCUUUGCUCAAAUUUUGUAAUAGAAAAUUACAACUUGUACCGAAUAACUAUUGAGCACAAAGAUGUGGAUUCCGCUGUGAAAUGUGGCCUGGCUCUUGUGUGCCUCUCAGUGGCCUUUGACUCAGUGAUAGCCAACAGUGACCUGAAACAUCUCCUUUGGAUAUCAUAUAAUCUUAAAGAAAUUGAAAGUCCUCAGUUUGAGGAGCAUGUAGAUGCACUUCUGUCUUUCCUCCGUUCCACACCUGGUUCAACUACAGUGAUGCUGAAUGCUAAAAAUUUGAGUCUGAAAGGCGCUGCAAAGAUCCUCGCUUUCUCCCAAAACAGACCUAGUGUUGGACGUGAUUCCAUUUGGUUUGUUGUGGAUAGCCUCAAAAAUAUCAACGAGGAGGACAUCUGCUCUCUGUCACUGUCCACAGAUGAUCUUGUUUAUGUGGAUGGUGUGAUGCAACAUCUGAAAUUAAAAGUGCACAGCCCAAGUCUUCAGGAUGCACAUGAGAUCCAUGAAUCCAAACCAAUACUCCUGCAACUCUCACUGACAUUUCCCCCUGUGGAGGGUGCCACUGUUAGCUGGGAAGUUUUAUUCAAAAUGAAUAGCCAACUGAUGAAAUCAAAUCAAAGCACAUGUUUCUCCUUUGACAAGCAAAUGAAGACUCUCUUUUCAGUCCUCCAAUCUGUACCAUCUCUAAUGGAGGUUAAGUUACACUUGAGAAGCUUACCUGAGAAUUGGGCAGCUGAAGUGAUUUAUUUCCUCCAGGCUUGUUCUAGUCUACCAUUUUUUGAAUUGAGAGUGGGCAGUGGAGGUGAAACUCUAGGAAUGAUCAGAGGAGUAGCUUUGAGGUCUUCUGACAAAAACUCCAUAUUGUCUUUUGGGUGCCGUCAUUUGGAUUAUCAUGACUACCAUGGCUGGAUAUCAGCAACAGGUUAUAUCACAGAUGAUGUGCACAGAGUGCUGCCCUGUAUCACCCUCACCAUAACAAACCACACAGAUUUCUACAAUGAUUCUUGGACAACAUUCUUCCAUCAUUAUAACCAGCUUAAAACAAUGACUGAGCUUUAUCCAGAGUAUGAUCAGAGCAUGGAUGAACUGUUAUCUGUCAUGAACACUAUUCCUGGUCUGAAAGAGGUAGAGCUGGCAUUCACAUUUUUGACAGUUCAUGGUGCUUCCAGCAUUCUACACCUUAUUCAGACCUCGUCCAGUCUGUGUAAGAUUGAUGUUAUUCUGGCAAGGCAAAGAAGGAGAGAUCUUGCUGAGGAACAGAAUGUCAGGGAAGACUGGAAAAGUUUCCAGGGUGACUAUGAAGGGGACAGUGUCGAUUCAGACAUCAGUGACUCAAACAGAUCAGCAAAAUUCAGUUCUGGGAGCUAUGACACAGAUGUGGAGGACUAUGGGGACACUGUCUACUUACCAAGACAGCUCAGUUCGGAUUCAGAAAUAGAAAACUAUGACCUGGAUCUCUGCUCAGAGCUAAGAAUAAGGAAAAACACCAGGAAUGAAUGCAAGUUGUCCUUGAGAUGUAAUGGCUCCAAUCCUGAUACAAAAGCAGUCUUUGCGUACAUUUCACUCAUUGUAUCUGAAUAUUCAGGGGAGCCUGAAAUCAACUGGAGAAGCUUCUUUCAGUCUUACUAUGAGACUAAAGGGUUAAUUGAGAGAAACCCGUACUUUGCUGAGAAAACAAAUGCCUUGCUGUCUUUCCUGCACAUCGUACCUGGACUGGAGGAGGUGGAAUUUGGCAUACAUAGUCUAACUGAGAGCUGGGCUCCUAGGAUCCUCUUUCUCUGUCAUGCAAACCGCAAUAUUCAUAGUAUCCGUCUGCUGUUGGAAAAUGAUAAACAAAUUGAAAAGGACAGUGCCUGCUCAUCUUUAACCAUUAAAAGAAACUUCACAGACUCCACGGUUACUGUGAAAAUCCAUGUGCUAAGCAACACCACUAUACUAUCCCUCAUUUACCUCAAGUUACCAUGUUCUGAGAUCAGCAACCUUGAUGGAGCUGGUCUUCUUUACAGACUGAGGUGCCUUGAGGGUUUAAAUGACAUUAGAUCUCAGGAGUACAAUGUGCAAAUAAAUGAGCUAAUCUCAUUCCUCCACUCUGUUCCUCAACUUCAGAAAUUGAAAUUUCAGAUUGAGAACCUAACUACAACCUGGGCUACAAGGGUUCUUUCCUUUAAAACCUGCCAGAGUCUUACAAAGAUCUUUGUGAUAACCUCAUCAUAUGACAUGUUAAUGGAGGAGGCAAUCUCAGAACUUAAAAAAAAUUGGACAUGUCAGGACUGUGUUCUGGUUAUUACAGGACUGAGAUGCAGUAACCCCACUGAUAAAUGUUCAAAGCAAAACUGGCUACAAGAAUGCAACAAAAAUGUGAAGCUCUCAUUCUGUGGAGGCCAUUACUCAGAGGAGCCCAUAAUGUAUGGGCAGUGUGAGACAGACAGUGAGAGAGACGAGAAUAAAUAUUACAGGUUUGAGUGCUAUUCUGAUGUAGCAGAGGAAGAUGAAUAUGAAGAGGAAGAUGGAGAUGAGUUCAUAGAUUGAACGGUAUAUGCUUUUAUGAAAAAUAACAAAUUAGAGAUCAAAAUUAACAUCUGGAUGAAUAAUAGCCAUUUUAAUGCAAACUGCAGGCCAAAUGGAAAAGUAAUGUUAUGUAACUUUUUUUCUCUGUAUUACAAUUAUCAAGUCAAUUAAGGUGUUUGUGGGCUUUGGAAAAUGAUAUUUUAAAAUGUUUAAAGAUUGUUUAAAAUAACACUGGAAACAAAUAAAAAGAAAAAAAAAAUCUUGCUAAUAAUAAUACAAGUAAGCAAAUAAGGACCUAAAUAAAUAUAAAAGGCAUGAAGUAUGCAAAUAAAAAUGUUCUGGCAUCUGCAUUUUACAUUUAAAAAAUUACCUUUGCCUGUGAAAUAGCAUAAUUUCUAUUACACUUUGAUUAUACUGUACUAUACAUUGCAUAACACUUUGUGUACACUCCUUAACUUUACCUUGGUGUUUUAUAAUAUAAAAUUCUCAUUAAAAUAUAUAGAACCUACUUAAAUAUUUGUAAUUAUUUUAGCAAUUAUAUAGUAAUUAAAUAAAAUGAUUACUAUCCAUGUGUCUUUCAGUCUUUAAACAGACAUUGUUUAAAUUGUUAAAAAAAACAGUUUUACUUGUGAGUGUAUCUUGUCUGAGCUGAAGUUACUGGUAUGCCAAACGGUGUUCUAUUAAAAUGAUUGUGCCACUUUCCUUAGUUACAAAAACUUAGAUUAGAUGUAAAAUUGUCUUAACAAUUUACAAUCACUACAUUAAUGCAUCAAAUUGUAUGUUUAACCAUAAGUAAUUCAAGUUAAUAGAGCAAAUAUGAUUUUUAAAAUAAAAGAAGUGUGAUUUUUUUUUUAAAGAGGUUCAUGAUAAAAUUCAAAUAUAUUAAUGUCUCAAACAUAAAUAUCAUCCACACACAUAAAUGUUGAUGGCCUUUUACAACUAAGCACUGAAAUACCAGUAGGGGGGGCAUUAUGCAUCAAAAUGAGAUCUAUUUUCAUACGUAUUUAACAUUUCCAGAUUAUGUGAACUCCAUUAGUUUCAGUCUCACAGUGAACCUUUCAGUAAUAGGAACUAAUAAUAAUAAUAUUUAUGCAAGCAGCAUUUUCGGGGGCCAAGCACCCAGACUUGGUGAGCCACACAUUCACAGACACGCUACAAUUGUUGCCUAAGCAAUCACAGGAAAUCAGAGCCACAACUUUAUGCAAAGAUAUUCAAGAGUGAUUUGUAGUUUCACUCAUGAUGUAUAUGUUUUGACCAUGGACAGUGGUGGAAUUCUCUGACUGUAGGAGGAAAGGUCUAGAUGCACAAAUGGGCAGCAGGGUGGCAUUGCUGCAGCACUGUUUAGACAGAUGUGAGUCAACUGUUGUGAAGAUUGGACAAAAUUUGGAGGAAGAGUAGCAAAAAUGGCAGUUAGAGGUAAGCAUUUUGGCAUGUUUAUUUUAACUUUUUACCAGUAGGUGAUGCUAUCAUGAAAUUUGUUGCAUAGCCUCAGGUCAUGGUCCUGAAGAUGUUUACCAAGUUUUGUGUCAUUGUGCAAAGUCAUUGCUGAGAUACAGCCUCACUUCCUGUUUGGUUGCUUCAGCAGAAACACGACAAGCAAGUAGAACACGGUUCUCUCCAUCUUUACUGCUGAGAUAUCUGACAUUCUCUCCUAUACAUCAAUGUAAUUAUAUAACCCCAGGUUUACCUGGACAUUCUCGUAUUGUGAGAUAUGGGAAUUUAAUCUUCCAGAGCAGGAAUUUCCAAAAGAAGAAGGAGAGAAGGAGAAAAUAUUAGAGGUGACUCUUCAUGGUGUCUCUAUAUUUCUAUUCUGAUGAAGUUCAGUAACUUGGUGCAAUCAUAAAUAGUUAUGACAUUUAACUUUUAUAAGUGAACUAAGUCCAUGAUUUUGUUGAAAAUGAUACAGAAAUUGUAUGAUAACUGAUAAUAACAUAAAGUAAUAAUAUGUCAGAAAAUUAAAAUAUGUUUCAUUUUUCUACAAUCAAACUGAAAAGUUUAUAAGGCUAAUCUUGCAGCUGCCAUUUUACAAUUACUGUCAUCCUGUAGCUACCAACUUACAAGUAAUGCUUAAUUUAAAAAUAUUAUUCAAUUAAAUUAAGAAAAUAAGUAUGAAACAAAACUCAAAACUUAAUUUUCUAUUUUUUUCGUCUUUUUUAGCAUCUUUCUUCUGCAGUGUCUUUCUUUCUAGGCCUUAUUUAGAUAAUACACAUAAUACUCA